UGCGAAUCUAGAGAAGCGUUGUUCUUGCCGCUUUUCUCACCCCUACUCUUUUACUACCUACUACUAAAACUCACCAUUCUUCACAGUCGCCGCCGGGAAGAAUGGCGUCCGAUGGAUUCCGGCCGCUGGACGAAAAAUCGGUGGUGGAGUACAUAAAAGCGACUCCGUCUCUGGCUUCGGUACUAGCCGGAGACCAGCCGCAUCAGCUGGAUAGUUUGAAUAUCAGAGAAGUCGGCGAUGGGAAUCUCAACUUCGUCUUUGUUGUUAUCGGUCCCUCUGGUUCUCUUGUCGUCAAACAGGCCAUUCCAUAUGUGCGGUGUGUUGGUGAGUCCUGGCCGAUGACAAAGGAGCGUGCUUAUUUUGAAGUGACGGUUUUAAAAGAGCAUGGCCGCCUAUGCCCUGAGCAUACUCCUCAAGUUUACCAUUUUGACAGGAUGAUGUGUUUAAUUGGCAUGCACUACAUUGAACCUCCCCAUAUAAUCUUAAGGAAGGGACUGAUCGCGGGGAUUGAGUAUCCAUUACUUGCUGAGCAUAUGUCAGACUAUAUGUCUAAGACUCUUUUCUUCACAUCCCUGCUUUAUCUUACUACCACAGACCACAAACGUGCUGUUGCAGAGUUUUGUGGAAACGUGGAAAUGUGUAGACUUACCGAGCAGGUUAUCUUCUCUGAUCCUUACAAAGUGUCUCAAUAUAAUCGCUGGACAACUCCUUAUCUUGAUGCUGAUGCAGAGGCAGUUCGGAGUGAUAACGUCUUGAAGCUGGAAGUUGGUGAGCUGAAAUCCAAGUUUUGUGAAAGAACCCAAGCUCUUAUACAUGGUGAUCUCCAUACAGGUUCUGUCAUGGUUACUCCCGAGUCAACUCAAGUAAUAGAUCCAGAAUUCGGUUUUUAUGGCCCGAUGGGGUUUGAUGUUGGAGCCUUUAUUGGAAACUUAAUGUUGGCGUUCUAUGCUCAAGAUGGACAUGCAAAUCAGGGUAAUGACCGCAAGUCAUAUAAAGCAUGGAUUUUAAAGACAAUAGCAGAUACUUGGAACCUCUUUCACAAAAAAUUCACUGCUCUCUGGGAUGAACACAAGGAUGGUCCCGGUGAGGCAUAUCUUCCUGGUAUAUAUAACAAUUCUGAGCUUCAGCAUCUGGUAAGAGAGAAGUACAUGAGAGAUCUGUUCCAUGACACCCUCGGAUUUGGCGCUGCAAAGAUGAUAAGGAGAAUUGUCGGUAUUGCUCAUGUGGAAGAUUUCGAAUCAAUUCCUGAUGCUGAGAAACGAGCUAACUGUGAGCAGCAGGCUCUGAACGUUGCAAAGUUGCUUCUUAAAGAACGAUGCAAAUUCCAGAGCAUUGAACAAGUUGUUUCUACCAUUCAGCAGUAUCACUCCCAAUAAUAGAUUCACGAAAAAGCUGUCAUUGUAACAAGUAUAUGGCUUCUCCAGUGUGAGCCCAUAGCUCUUUCCCCCCGAAAUGACUGAUCACAGAAGUGCUUUGUCCCCUCAAUUUGUUUUGCUUUAUUCUGGAAAUUUGAAACUUCAUUGUUAAAUGUAUGGUGAAGUGUUUGUGUGUAGCUUUCUGUCUGCAGUUGGCCAAGGAUUGGCCAUACAA